UAGUAGUCUUUUCAUCGACAUGUCAAUUAAUUUGAUGGAACAAAUUAGCCAAAUGCAUUGAUUAAUUUUAAGUGAUAGAAAGUGCGGAAGUGAAUUAAUUAAAAGAAAACUAAGAAAGCACCAAGUCAUGCUAAACGAGGAAUUAAAGUGUGAAUUACCGGAAUUUGGAAACCUAACUAUAACUAAUAAUUUAAACCCAAAAUAAAAUUCCAUUAGCAAAUGAUUUUAGCUAGCAUAAGAACAAACCUUCCCUUGGAAGAAUCGUGUGGAUUUUCUGCAAAAUUAAAAUUUUAGGUCCAAUUAAGCGCCUUUGCUUAAAUCAUUUUACGGUAUUUACCAGUGAUAGUGGGACAGUUUUAAACAAGAAACAACAAAUAACUCUCGCGCCAGUCGGUAAAUUGUCAGUGUCAAAAUGGGUUUGACGCUUUCGGGUCUAUUUCGAAAAUUUUUCGGCAAAAAACAGCUCCGCAUUUUGAUGGUCGGUCUAGACGGUGCCGGUAAAACCACAAUUUUGUACAAACUCAAAUUCGGCGAGAUCGUGACAACGAUCCCAACGAUCGGAUUCAACGUGGAGAUGGUCGAGUACAAGAACAUAACUUUCACGGUUUGGGACGUGGGAGGCCAGGACAAAAUUCGCCGCCUGUGGCGGCAUUAUUUCCAAAACACCCAAGGGAUCAUCUUCGUUGUCGACUCAAGCGAUCGCGAUCGAAUCGAUGAAGCGCGCAAAGAGCUCCAGAGCCUUAUGCAGGAGUACGAGUUGCAAAAUGCCGCUUUAUUGGUGCUGGCAAACAAGCAGGAUUUACCUGUGUCGAUGACGUCUGCGGAAAUCGGCGAGAAGAUGCAACUGAACGCGUUGCGCGCUCGCAAAUGGCACAUUCAGGGAACUUGUGCCCUGAGAGGGAACGGGUUGUACGAGGGGUUCGAAUGGUUGUCACGGGAGUUAGUUUAGAUUAGUGGUUAUCGACUGCUGCGAGAGUUUUUUUAUAUUUUGAAAGAGAGUGAACUCACCUUAGAAGCCGUGUUAUGUAGUCGGGCCAGUUGUCGGGGAACAUCACCAGGAAAAAUCCCACAGCGAUGAGAAUCAUUCCGGCCAGUUUCAUGCCUUCGAAGUUAGCACCGUACAAGACCACGUCCAGUGCUACACACAGCAAAAGUUUUGAAUUACUUUUGUUCGCAAUAAAAUUUCAUUAUAAUUUU